AUGGCUGAGAAGUUUGAGCUCGAGUCGAUGAAUCGCUAUCCCGAGUCGGGACUGUCCCUCUUAAUCGUAGGGGGAGGGAUCGCAGGUCUUGCUUUCGCCAUCGAAGCUCACCGGAAGGGACACAACGUCCGAGUCGUAGAACGGCGGCCCUCGUUUGACGACUUUGCCAUCCAGACACCUGCGCUACACACUCCCAAGCAAUGGCCUGGUUUCAUGGACCGCCUCAGAGCAUCUAGCUUCACUCCACGAGCAGUCAUCAAGAAGUAUGACGAUUCCCUGGUUGGGACGUUUCCACUGGGCACUCCCGAUGAUCCCACGUUGGUGUUCAAUAGAUUCGAAUUCCACAACAUACUUGAGGAGUAUGCUCGAUCUUUGAAUAUUGCCAUCGAAUUCUCGUCAAAUGCUGUUGCCUACUUCGAGUCCGAUGGUAAAUGGGGAGUAGAAUUGUCAGAUGGCUCAAAGCUGGAGGCUGACGUUGUCGUGGCUGCUGAUGGGGCUGGCUCUAAGUCGUGGAAACUGAUCUUAGGGGAAAAGAAUGAACCCAUAAGCUCGGGCUAUGCUCUCUACCGUGUCAGCUUCCCGGUCGGUCCAGCAAUGGAAAAUCCUAUCAUCGCGAAAGAAUUUGAGGGCUAUGAAGACCGAGUGUCGAUACAUGCCGGCCCAGAUGCACACGGUGUAAUCGGCAAAUCCGAGGAGGAAAUAUGCUGGGAUGAUGGGAGUGCGAACGAAGAGUGGACAAAGACGGCGUCCAGUGAUAAAGCUGUAGAGCUCGUCAAGGAGCUCAUCAAUGCUACUCCUGGACAUGUGGUUACCGACUGGAAGUUGAUGUGGCGAAAUCCACAGUCCAGAUGGGCAUCACCGUUGGGUCGAGUUAUCCAGAUAGGGUAUUCGGCUCAUUCUUUUCUUCCAACAUCCGGCAGUAGGGCGACCAUGGCUCUAGAAGAUGCAUACUCAUUGGCUUCUUGUCUUCAUCUCUCUGGGAAACAAGCCGCUCCGCUUGGAGUCAGAGUCCACAAUCAUCUCAGGUUCGAGCGAGUGGCCUGCGCACAAAAGACGGGUUUCCGAAGACGUGAGAUCUUUCACAAGACAGAUUGGGAGGCCGUUGCAAAAAACCCUGAUAUCCUAGGAAGGGUAGUUGGGAAUUGGAUACUGAAUCAUGAUCCGGAGAAGUAUGCGUAUGAAAACUAUGGCAAUUGCGUUAACUUUCUUGUUGCUGGUACCCCGUUCAAAAAUACGAACAGCGUACCAGGUUAUAAGUACAAACCUUGGACGGUUCAAGAGCUUCUAGAGGCCUCAGAGUGUGGAGUUCCUAUUGUUGAUGAAGGUGAUUGGUCCUGA